CCUGUUAGCGUCCUUUCCACGGAAAAGUGGUUCCUGUUAGAAGUUAUUUUUGUAAGUGUGCAUAGCUCAAAUUACUGGUGUGACCUGAGGCAAGUUAUUUAUCCAGAAUCUGAAAGUUUACUUAACCGGGGGGCUUCGAUUUUGCCUAUUUUCUUGACACCGCCGUGUUAUUUAGAGCACAGCUAAUCUGCAGAAGAUAAUUUCUAUCUUCCUUAUUGCAUUCUCAACCGCCUAGGAGACUUCAUUGCUAAUAAUCCUCCACUUUUCACAGGGGUCUUUUGUUCUUUUCUAUUCUAAGGUAAUCCAGUAUUUUCUGGCUUUGUUUUGCUGUGUUGUUUUCGGUUUGACGCUAAUAUGGCUGAGUAAUUUUGAUAUAAAUGUAAAAGUUAAGCCUACGGAAAGGUGCUCUUAUUGUCAAAGCGUGCACUGGUAAUUUGUAACGCGAUGCUCAACCUCAAAUAUGGCGGAAAUGUGAUGAUGAAUGCCUUGGAUUUUCGCGUUCAUAGCGACUGAGUCACUAAGUCACAGCUAAUUAGAUCCUUCCCAUUAUGCCUGCCGGCAAUACCUUAGUGUCAGAAAUUUAAAUAUUACUUCCAAUUCGUUUAUCGUCGAUCAGCUUCUUUCCUAUCCAUUAGAGCAACAUUGUCAUUCAAAUGACACAACCAGUUAUUACUCUAGCGAGGGAACAAAAUGCUAACCUCUGUCAUUGCUUUAAACAACAAACCACGCGGCGCUGUUACUGAUAUUCCGUGUCAGGUAUCGGCUCUAUUUAUUUCAAAUUUUAUUUUGGGCCCUGUUCGUAACUUUACACUACGUCACCGUGACUUUCGUAGGACCAUCCGUCAGAAGUUAAUCAGUCUUCGCUCGUCAGUCUUCCGAAGUACGUGAAGUACACACUACACCAGUUAAUUGAGACGCUAUAGAGACCGGGAAAAAUUGUGGCACAGUGGGGUGGGAGCUAGCGUUAAAUUAAGCCACAGGAGGCCUGCACGUCUUAUGUUAGUGAAGCAAAAACAGGAAGGAUACGUAUUCGAUCUUUGUUUCAACCGUGAACAGUUUAACCACGUUUCACUAUUUCCUUGCCAAGAUUGCUGUGUUUGUCAUCAUUGCGAAGUGGCUCGUGGUCAACAAAAGCGAUGUAUAGUCUUCUGGAAUAGAUUAAUAUUCAAUUUUGUGAGUGUGUCUCGUCAUCAGACUUGCGGUCAACAUUGGUCGCGCCAGCUUUGCUACGUUUGGUACGAAAGUUGAACAGACAAGACUUCAGUUCGCGGGCAAUUUGAACAAUUACCUUAGAUCCACUGAAAGGCCCAAGAGGCUCUUCGAAGUUCGGACUGGCGCACGAUUAUCGUGUAUUUAUUUCUUUCGAAAUAGGAUUACGCAUACACUAAAGCGGUGUCGACUCGAACUCUACAGGUCUUCCCGAAGUUGUUACAGCCAUGAAUAGCAGCAACGUAAGCGACCCAGGGGGACGGCAAUUUCAUUUCUACGUCGAACCGUUUUCCUUGCAGCUUGUACGGUUUAUUUUAGACGCCCUGAUUUUCGUGGCUGGCGUUCUGGGCAACGGACUGGUGUGUGUAGUGGUGGUUAAAGAACGUCUUUAUUGUUCUCUCGCUUACUGUUUGAUUCUUAACUUGGCAAUCAGCGAUUUAGGUAUCCUCCUAUUCAGCCUUCCAUUUGGCGUGAUGCGCACAGAGGAUAUCACCUGGCCGUUUGGAGAGUUUGGAUGUAAGGUGCUUUACCCGUUGAGCGACGUUUUCCACGGUGUUUCCAUCGCUAGCAUCACCGCCAUAGCCGUUUUUCGAUACCGGGGCAUCAUUUCCGGGCACGGUUUGAGCCAAAAGGGGACCAUGAAAACAGUCAAGGUUGUGAUUUUGUUAGUGUGGCUUCUGUCCUUUUUGCUGUUCGUGGUGCCGUUAUUUUUUGUCAUGAACUACGUGGAGUCUGGAGGCCGUGCGUUCUGUCAUCCCAAGUUUCCGAGUGUCACUUUCUACAAGCUGUACCAAGGGGAGACAGUGUUGUUAACCUAUCUUCUACCUUUGGCUAUUAUCCUCUUCACAUAUCUCCGUAUACGAAGGCGUUUGAACGAGAGCAUCGCCUUACACAGCCGGAUUCGUCGAGAGUCUCACAAGCGUCCUACCUCUUCAUCAUAUGGGGGAAGUCGGCGUGCAAGUGACCGCAAUUGCAAAGCGCUCAAGAUUUUAACUCCAGUUGUCCUGGUCUUCUUCAUGACGCUGUUGCCGUACAAUGUUUUUCGAGUGGUAGACAUGUUUCAGGACACUUCGCAGUUUGAGUAUUUGCUGUUUUUCUUUAAAGUAUGCAUCCUGUUUUUUGUCUGCAACAGCUCAGCUAAUCCUCUCAUCUAUGCUUUGUUCAGCGAGGACUUCCGAAAGGCUUUCAAGUGGCACGUAAAGCAUUGUUCUUCAUCUGGAAAACGUUCCAAGCUGUUUUUCCUCUCCGAAAAAGUUUCCUCAUUCCGCCGCGCCAGGUCGUUUUUCGCCCGCACUAGCGCGCGCGGUAAAGAGCAAGGCAGUUCGUCGGCUUCCGACGUUUUCGUGUAGUAGACAAUUUAGAUCUUUUUAAAUUCUCUUUUCUCGAAGAAAAGUUCACACCCAUUUCGUGAUGUUUUACUAUAACUGUUUAAUGCAUAAUUACUCUUAGGAAGAAGUCAUGUCGUGGGGUAUUCCAUUUUUAAAUUAGAUUUUGAUCAUGGAUUUUGAAGCGCUUUGUUGUAUCCCCUGCCGAGAGCGAAUGUUUCGGCGGAAUAUUACUAAGUUACGGCGGGGGAAGCACAUAUCUAAAUACGAAACAAUGUACUGUCAACAAAAUUGUAACGACAAAUACUUUGUGUGAUUUCUGGCAUACGUCUGGCACUCUCACUUCAAAGUAAUUUGCACGUAAUAUAUUUACAAAAAAGGAAUCGCUGAAUGCGGUAAACUUGACAAGACAGUGAAGACAGCGAAAGCUCAGACACAAUAGCGAGAUAUUAAAGGUUACUUGUUAAUCAUAAAACGUCGAAAUCGUUGAUGACUUAUGUUUUAGAGCAAGUUUCUUUUAUUUGACGGUGGUUUAAUUGCCUCUAUUCAAAAGAGUGUUCAGUCUUUUCAUCGGGAUUAUUAACAAUUCUCCUUUUUCCCUGUCAAUUUCGAGAAUAAGCGGUCUUCUAGGAAUGUAUUUUAAAUCUGUAUUGUAUUGUAUUGUAAGACCGACUCUGACAUGUUCUAGUGAUGUUCAAACAAAUAAAC